AUGCUGACAGCUCCUUUUGCAGACUCCAACUCCAGCACCAUGAAUGUGUCCUUUGCUCACCUCCACUUUGCAGGAGGCUACCUGCCAUCUGACUCCAAGGACUGGAGGACAAUAGUCCCAGCUCUCUUGGUGGCUGUCUGCCUGGUGGGCUUCGUGGGGAACCUGUGUGUGAUUGGCAUCCUCCUUCACGGUGCUUGGAAAGGAAAGUCAUCCAUGAUCCACUCUCUGAUUCUGAAUCUCAGUCUGGCUGAUCUCUCUCUUCUGCUGUUUGCUGCACCAGCCCGUGCUAUAGCAUAUUCCAAAGGUGUUUGGGAUCUAGGCUGGUUUGUCUGCAAAUCCUCCGACUGGUUCAUCCACGCGUGCAUGGCAGCCAAGAGUCUGACCAUCAUUGUAGUGGCCAAAGUAUGCUUCAUGUAUGCAAGUAACCCAGCCAAGACAGUAAGUAUCCAUAACUGCACCAUCUGGUCCAUACUGGCAGCCAUCUGGGCUGUGGCUAGCCUGUUACCCCUGCCAGAAUGGUUUUUCAGCACCACCAGGCAUCACGCAGGUGUGGACAUGUGUAUCAUGGAAGUACCAGCUGUGGCUGAAGAGUUCAUGUCUAUGUUUGGUAAGCUCUAUCCUCUUCUGGUAUUUUUCCUUCCAUUACUCGUUGCCAGCUUUUAUUUCUGGAAAGCUUAUGGCCGAUGUCAGAAACGGGGAACUAAAACUCAUAAUCUUAGAAAUCAGAUCCGUUCAAAGCAACUCACAGUGAUGCUGCUGAGCAUUGCAGUCACUUCUACUAUUCUAUGGCUCCCGGAAUGGAUAGCUUGGCUGUGGGUAUGGCAUAUGAAGGCUGGAGGUCCAACCCCACCACAAGGGUUCAUAGCCUUGUCUCAAGUCCUAAUGUUUUCCAUCUCUUCAGCAAAUCCCCUUAUUUUCCUAGUGGUGUCAGAGGAGUUCAAGGAAGGCCUGAAAGGCUUAUGGAAAUGGAUAAGUCUUUCAAAAAAGGUUCCAACUGCCUCAGAACCACAGGAAACACCAGCUGGUAACUCAGAGGUUCUUCCUGACAAUGCGCCAUCUCCAGAGUCCCCAAUCUCCAUACCAGAGAAUGAGAAACCCGGCUCUCUCCUCUCCAGCAAAGAGAAAACUGAAAAGGCAGCAAUGCCCGUGCUUCCUGACGUGGAACAGUUUUGGCAUGAGAGGGACAUGGCUCCUACAGCACAAGAUAAUGACCCUAUUCCCUGGGAACAUGAAGAUCAAGAGACAGGGCACUGUGAUAAAUAA